AUGUACGGACAGCCAGCCUUCGCCGCUGGACACCAUGCCUUCCACCAGUCCCCCGUGAAUGGGUAUUAUGGCAGUCCCAACCAGUAUCAGCAGCAACAGCACUUUCCGCCACCGCCCAGCCUUCCCCAGCCUCCUGUUUUUCACAACGACCCAACCAGUUUUCGCAACCACUACAUGAGCCAGCUUUCCACCCUGGUUUACAACUCUAGGCCCAUAAUCCAAAAUCUUUCUAUGCUUGCCUACGAGUACUCACGUCAUGCAGCCGUCGUCGUCACCUGCAUCGAAUCCCACAUCCGUAAGGUCCCUCCCAGCCUGAAGCUACCAGCUUUCUAUCUUCUCGACGCGAUUUCCAAGAACUACUACGAGCAUUAUGCAAGACGGUUCAGCCAUGUCGUCGCCCCUUUGUUCCUACAGACUUACUCUCAGGUCGAUCAGCAGACACAGAACAAGAUGGAGGAAAUGCUCUUGACAUGGCGAACCGGUUCCCCGCAGCGCACCGAACUCUUCGGUCCCGUAACUCAGCUCAAUAUUGAGCGAGGUGUUUGGGGUAGCGGCUCGAACGUUUCUAUUACCAAGAACCAAGUAGUCAGUGAGCUUCAAUUUGCGAUUGGUCAAAAAGAACGUGCACUGCAGGGCAACCCGUACGACGAGGAUUCGCGUCGAAAGCUCGAAGUCCUUCGACAGCUACGCAGCCUAGUCGUGGACGUUGGUGUUUCCCAAGACGAGUUGAGGCAGAUUUUGAAUCAACUACAUGAACUCGUCAAAGCGCCCCCGCCUCCGCCUCCAGUUGUUCCUCCCGCUCCCGUUAAUGCAUGGCAACCACCGCCAGUACACUACCCGCCCCCACCGCAUUCCCGACCUUCGUCCUCGGCGCCAUAUGCCAACGCUCCACCGCUAUACCCGCCUACUCACGUCCCCCAUCCACCCCCUCAAUCUAUACCCUCGACUUCUACCGCCAUACCCAGUAUACCCGAUGCUGAGAAUAUCAACAAGAUUCUAGAUAGCCUCAAGAAUGCAGGUGUUUUGGCGGCCGCUUCUACCUCCUCGCAAACCGAACCAGCUGCAAUUGGCAAGCAAGCCGUUUCAGACGACGGGAUUGCAAGCGCUGCUCGUGAUUACAAGAAACAUGUCCUCUCCAUUAAAUCCGUUCUAUCGAGCUCCGAGAUUCUGAGGACAAAGCCCGUGUUGCCUGCGCUCCUGUAUGACCAGCUUCCGGUACAGUGCAAACAAUGUGGACUUCGAUUCGCAGAUACAUCCUAUGGCAAGAAGAAGCUGGACGAUCACCUUGACGAGCAUUUCCAACAGAAUAAGAAAGCAAAUCAGGACAAUGGCAGGGGCCACUGUCGGACAUGGUUCGCUUCUGCUGAUGAUUGGAUACGGGACGUGACAACUCAGGUUGAUGAUGGCAAGUCUGCUGCGACGGUUAGCGUCAAGAACGACAAAGAAUUGCGGGCUAUGUUUAUCGUGGUUCCUCCUGGUGAUGAAGCGAAAAAUAUAACUUGUCCAAUUUGCCAAGAGAAUAUGAAGUCCGAGUUUCUGGAAGACGACGAAGAAUGGGUUUGGAGAAACGCCAUCAUGAAGGACGAGAAGAUUUACCAUGCAACAUGCCAUGCAGAGGCUCUCUCAGGUAUCGCAGCGCGCUUGCGCAACGAUGCCACAGGCUCCAGUCGAGGUGCGACCCCCGAAUUUGCUGGCAGUUCUCGGUCUACACCGCCUCCUUCCUUUACCGUGAAAUCGAAAUCACCAUCGCCGGACCCCAAGUCUGUUGGUGUGAAGCGUAAGGUUGAGACUGAUCCAACAGAGGAAAGAAUAAGCACACCCCCGUCCAAAAAGAUUGCCCUUUCAACUGAUUCAUGA